CAUGGGAUCUGUUUCUAACUCCACCGCUGAUGAACAGCCCAGUGAGAAUGCUUCCUCUGCCACUGGAAAGAGUGAUGAUGAGGUCAAACCAAAUCUGGUGCCCUCAGCCCCAGAGCAGUGUGUGAGCAGUGACGAUGAGAGGAAAGUCAGAGUGAUCAUUGACAUCACUGUGGAAAGAGCCACAUUAGAACCAAACUCUGCAGUGAUGUAUGCAAAGUUUUGCUGUCAACUUAAGGAAUACUGGAAGCUGAAAGUGCCCAACUUGGAGAAGAUGCUGCUCAGCCGCUGCCAGAAGGAAGUAAAGAAGGAGAGAAAGAAUGACAGAGCUUUUGCGAAGAAGCAGAAGGAGAUGAACGAAGCCACAGAGAGAGUACAGCAGUGCUUGAAGAAAGAUCUAGAGAAAGAGAAGAUCAGCGCUUUCCAACAAUCCCUCAACAACUUGGAAUUCACUGCAGAGCUUUUCAAAUUGAAGAUGCUUCCAAAGCGGGUUAUAAACACCUGGAUUGAACAAAAGCUUGUAGUAAACCCCAGCGAGGAGAACCUGGAAUGUCUCUGCAGGCUGCUGUCCUUCACCGGCAAGGACCUGCAUAGUGAAGAGGACCAGUACCUGAUGAGCCUCUACUUCUCGGCAAUCAACAAAAUCAUCCAGCAGAAGAAAACCUCAUCUAGGAUCUGCUGCAUGCUACAGAAUAUCGUGGAUCUGAGACUGAAUAACUGGGAGCCUAAGAGCAACAACCAGGGCACCAAAAACAACAAUAUGGUCCACAGUGAAGUUAAACAAGAAGACAAGAAGGUGCCAUCCAGAGAGAACAUCAAUCCAGAAAGAGAGACCCGAGAAGUCCAGAGACAGGACAACGGUUUGAUCACGGUGACCAUUAAAAACCGAACCGUCAAUACAUCCCACCAAAGCAAGAACAACAAGGUGCAAACCAGUACAACUACCUUGAACCACCACCAGCUUGAUGUCCCUAAACAAGGAUGCUCAUGGGAAAAUCGGGGCAAAGGAGGCAUCAAACCAAAACCCAGCGCUGAAGUUGAAAAAUAUGCUUAUUCUAGAAGGAACUACAGCAGGAAUGAUUACGGUGACCGAGAUCAGGACCGCUUUGAGCGCUGGAACAGAAGGGACAGGAGAGACAUAGGACAGGACAUGCGUCCUCGUCACUCCGUCUAGAAACAUCAGACAGAUCAAAGAAAACAAGCUGGAGCUUUUUAAAAUGAAGCCACACAGAACAGCAGCCUCCAAAAUAAACCACCAUCAAGAACCAUGAGCA